ACAGCGUGAGGAAGCGGCUGCGCAAGAGACUGAGACCUAGUAGUCGGCCAUUGCUGUGAGUCGUGGCUGUGUAAUAAUACACAUACAGAGGAAGGAGAGGGACACCUUGCCUGACUGACGAACAUUUUGGUGGUCCUUAUUGACAUUUUAUUUAUCAACUGGAGGAAAGCAACUCAGUUCUUGAACGGCUAGGUUCUGGACUUUUCAGCAUCCGGAUAUGUCAUUCAUAUUUGAUUGGAUUUACAGUGGUUUCAGUAGUGUACUGCAGUUUUUGGGACUGUACAAGAAAUCUGGCAAAUUAGUGUUUCUUGGUUUGGAUAAUGCUGGCAAGACGACACUGCUGCAUAUGCUCAAAGACGACAGAUUGGGACAACAUGUACCAACUUUACAUCCCACCUCCGAAGAGCUGACAAUUGCAGGAAUGACAUUUACUACCUUUGAUCUGGGUGGCCAUGCACAAGCUCGUAGGGUAUGGAAAAACUACCUCCCUGCCAUCAAUGGUAUCGUCUUCCUGGUUGACUGUGCAGACUUUGGCAGACUGGCUGAAUCCAAAACAGAACUUGAUGCACUAAUGACAGAUGAAACAAUUGGAAAUGUGCCUAUCCUCAUCCUUGGUAAUAAGAUUGAUAGACAAGAUGCCAUCAGUGAAGAGAAAUUAAGGGAGCUUUUUGGGUUGUACGGACAGACAACAGGGAAGGGUAAUGUUCCAAUGAAAGAACUGAAUACAAGACCACUAGAAGUCUUUAUGUGCAGUGUCUUGAAGAGGCAAGGCUAUGGAGAAGGCUUUCGCUGGCUGGCGCAGUAUAUUGACUGAAGUGCAAAUCCUAGAGUCCGAGCUGGAGGCAAUUUCACCAUAUUCGAUCCCAUGUCUGAUUAAAAGAAAAAAAUUCUGCCUGAACUAUCAAAACAGUGUCCAACUUGAAUCCAAUAGACUGUUAUUGGUUGACCAUUUGGUUAUAAACUUUCACAUUUUUCCUAGGCAAAUAAUAUAGCAUCACAUAUGCUAAAACAUUUUAAAUCUGCACCUGGAGAGGAAAGGGGAAUAUAUUCCCCCCGCCCAGUUUUGCUGAGCAUUAGUAUGUGUGAACUUGACAAUGUGUUAAAUCUGUAAUCUGUUAAAUUUCAUUCGGCAUAAUUGAAUUUUUGUUUCAUUCCCGUCCCCACCCGUUUCCUUCAACAUAAUCUGUCUCCAUUUUGAAGAGUGCAAGUGAACACGUAUUUGAAUGCAUCUGAAUGGACUUUUUAACAGGAACGACUACAGACAUGUGACUAGUAUUUAAUGAUUGUCAUGAUAAAUUUUUAUGUUUUUUUUUUUUUUUUUGAAUAUUUGGUUCAAUAAACCUAGAAUAUGUAUCCACCUAUAUUCUGCUAUUUAAAAACGCUUUUUUGUUGUAACUCUUCUUACUAGGAAAUGCCUUAAACUUGAAAUCAAAGAGAAAGGUGUUUUAAAUAAUGCUCUGUACUAUUAAAAAAAAAAUAAAAAUCACACACAUACAUGAUAACAUGGAGGAGAACCUUACAAGUUAAUGGUGAUGGUGAAAUGUCAGAUUUACGGUUCAUCUAUGCUUGACUGAAAUGUAUAUUUUGUUGUUAUAUUUUCAUGCUUUACUUAAGUAUGGCUUUUUUGGUAGCCUGUUAGUUUGGAAUGAAGAUUGUAAAAAAUGACUAGUAAGGUAUUUAUAGCAAGUAUAUCACUGCCUUUAAAUGGGGUUACAAAAUUAAUUGGGGAAAAUGGCAGUUAGAGUAUUGGGGUUUAUUUUAGAUACCCAUAAUGCAGAGAUAAGGUCUCUUACUGUAAAGUGUGCAGAUGGUCUGUGACAAAUUUAAAAUGGGUGGUAUAGCAUUCUAACUGAAAAGACUGCAUUGUUGGAGAGUUCCGUUAACACAAAACAAGUAUUUUAAUUGCAGUCAUCAACUCUUUUUCAUUAAUGUCAUUCAAUCAUACUGUAUGAUGUUGGCAUCCAAGAAAAUUUAAAAGCUCCAAGCUGCAGUAAUCCUUCUGUUUUGAGUUGAAACAUUUGUCAUGUUGACUCUGCAAAAGAGAAUGCUUUGCUGUACUUUUCAAAUGCUUUUACUAGCUGUGGUUUUAAAAGAUUUGUGGAGGUAAGAUAUACACCACAAGUAGCUGUUCAGAUAAGUAUAUUUCAAUAAGAAAAAAGUAUAGAAGAGUUAAAUCCCAUUUUUCUUUAUUGUGCAGGGCAAUUUGAUUUCAGUUGAGAAUAAUUUUUUCAGAAACCAUGUAAAAUUACAAGUUGAGAUUAACUAAGAACCACAUUUGAAAAAUCAUCUACAGUAGUGAAAAACUUUUUGAAUAGUGCCAUAAUGUGGUAUAUCUUAUGAACUGUAUUGUAUAGUUGACAAUCUGGUUAUUGUAAUUUUUAAUCAAUUUAAAAUGCUUUCAUUUUAGUUUAGUACUUCUUUCUUUUUCCCUUCAGUUUCAGCCCUGAAUUUUUAACAUUUACUAAAUAUGCUAUCCUUUGUAGAACUGGUAUGAGGUUAAAAGGUAACUGACAGGUUUUGAUAAAAAAUAUAUCUUUUGAUGGUUUGUGAAGCAGUAAGCAAACAGUUUUAAUAAUUCUAAUUGCCUUUAGACAUUUAUUCAAAAUUAAUUACAGAAUAAGGCUGAAAACUUGUCUUGCUUGCUUUUUGAAAUUCAUAAUUUACUAGCCUGACAUUCUCUAUGAUUAAAUACAUACCUGAUGGAGUGCUUUACGUUU